UCCACAUUUGUAACUGAUGCUCUAUUUUAAUCUUGUAAUUUUAAUCUUUUUUUAAAUCACCAGCUUUCAUUAAACAACACAGACUUCAAACUUCCGCUCGAUGCUUCAAAACAAAUGUCAGCCUCCAUUACGUUAAGAAAAACAACAGCAACUCUAACUUUUCUCUGAGUCAUCCACCUGAAGCGACCAAAAGCAGCUUUAAGACACACGACCUGGACUGGGUUUGACGUUUUCUCAGAGGAGUUGCAUGAUGUAACUCAGCUCGGUUAUACCUUUAAAGAGCCCCCCCCCUCUCCGCCCCAGCCUUUACUAUCUGCGAUUGCGCGUCAGCUCUCAUUGGCUGUGCGCGAUAAUCGGUCAAGAAGAGGGCCGGGGGGACACGGGAGGGCUGCAGGACAGCAUGUUUACAACCACCUACUCUCACAAUUACUAACUCUUAGACGACUUAAAUCGUUUUUUUUUUUUAUUUGUUUUGGGUUUCCAAAGACGCGAAGCUCGCCCAGAGGGAGCCCCGUGUCGACGAUGUUUUUGUGCCGCUCCGGGAGGCUGUCGGCGGCGGCUCUGGAUCAGGCUCUCAGGUCUCCGGGUUCGUUUCUGGUCCGAGUGGAAGCCCUCGGUCGGAGGGACGUGGCCCCGGCGGUGGGGGGGCAGACGUUCCGGCUCCGGCUCCGGUUCCUCUGCGCGUCUGCAGGCCGGGCGCACCUGGGGAGACCAAAGCCGGACACCGUCCGGAGCCGGGACGCGUCGGUGGGUUUUGCAACCACAGAGCGGGCGCUCCUGGACCGGGGGGCCCCCCUGGCCGCGGGUCUGCCCCGGAAAGCGCAACCAGAGGGCGGCCAGCGCGAUAAGAUCGGGCGCCACAGCCGCAGAGACGCUGCGGAGGUGGUUUUGUUUACAGGUGACCGGGCACUUCCUAGUGGACGUUGCUUCGGUACCGUGAUGCAGACCAGAGCUUCGUCCACACAGGCUGCCGCCAAGAAGGGCGAGGAGGGGCAGACCGACAGCACCAAAGGGGACGUUCAAGAGGCCUCGACUACCUCGACCAGUGAGAAGGGCCCGGGGGACGCGCCGGGACCAGAGGGAGAAAAACCCAGCAAGGCUCAGCAGCUUAAGAAAGUUUUUAAAGAGUACGGGGCGGUCGGAGUUUGCUUUCACAUCGGGAUCUCCCUCAUGUCCCUGGGAAUGUUCUACCUCCUUAUAUCCAGUGGCAUCGACAUGGCGGCCAUCCUGUGCAAAGUGGGCUUCAGCGAGGCGGUGGUUCAGUCCAAAAUGGCCGCAGGAACCAGCACCUUCGUCCUGGCCUACGCCAUCCACAAGCUCUUCGCUCCCCUCCGCAUCAGCAUCACUCUGGUGUCGGUGCCGCUCAUCGUUCGCUAUUUAAGAAAGACUGGACUCUUUAAACCGCCCACACCCACGGCCUGAUGACUCGGCACCCCCCUCCUGCUGACUCAAAGCAACAAAAAAAACCUGAAUGGUCAUUAUUAAAAUCCCUGUAUUGAUCCUUACUCAUUUGCAUUCUGCUCAGUGCAUCUCAUCUGUUAUCUUUGCAUUGUUAAAUGUUUUCCACAUUGGUUUCUGUUCCAUCAAAUUCAGAAGGUUUGAACUGUUUCUGUGGGAUUAAAGUCUGAGGUCCUUGGUGCAACAAACCCAAAUGUGUUUAAUAUGUAUGCGUCCCAAAGGGUCAGGGUGCAGGUAAAUAUUCAUUUACAGUCUCAGUCCUGAGUUGCCAGUUCUUUUUCUAAUAAUGUGCGGGUCCCAGCGGGAGAGGAAUAAAAUAAGCUGAUAUUUCCAGCACUGCUCCCUGAGAGCUGACUCUGCCAUGUUCUGGUGUUAUGUGAGUCAGCAGAACGCUGUUCUCACCUCCCACCCCAUAACUUUCUUCUGCUCUGCUCCUCUCUUUCCUCUCUAUCUUUUUUUUUCUUUAAAUCAGAUUUCAAACCCAGUUAAAUGCGCAUUGGUCUUUGAGUGAGGUUGAUUUUUAUCGUUUCAGUGCAAAAAAAUAAAUAAAUCAAAAAGCACUUAACACAGUUAAGCCCACAGUUUUUGAAGAGGCCCCUUUUGGGGUAUUGUUGUGGUUUUCCACAAUGUUUUUGUUCACUUCAGCAUUUCUUACUGCUAAAAUUGUCGCCAUGUUUUUUUAAACUCAC